AUGUAUCCUACUCGAAGGGACGUACACUCAAAUGGAAACCGAAACCACCGCAACGAGGUUCAUCGCUGUGAGGAAUCACCGACGUCGAACGACGUCGCUCCUCAGCGGGUGUUCGAUGCUCGACUUCCAUUACGCAAUCAAACACAGCUCGACAAGCUGGUCUACUUUUUACGCAAACGCGUCAUCUAUGACGCCGCCGCCGCCGCCACUUAUGACAAGCCCUCGGUAAAUCUUAACCUCAUUUUCGUAGGUCCUUACGAAACGAAUUUCAAGCCAAUGGCCGAACGCUUUCUUUGAAG